UGGGUGGUGGGUCAGCCAGACUUCGCUGCUCCGCUCAACAAUGUGUCAGUACCAGUGGGUCGAGACGCUACCUUCUCCUGCAUGGUGAAUGACCUUGGAGGAUACAGGGUCGGGUGGGUGAAGGCAGAUACAAAAGCCAUCCAGGCCAUCCAUAAGCACGUCAUCACCCACAACUCUCGCGUCUCAGUCAGCCAUAGUGACCACAACACCUGGAUGCUUCACAUCCGUGGCGUCCAGGAGGAGGACAGAGGACCAUACAUGUGCCAAAUCAACACUGACCCCAUGAGGUCACAGAUCGGGUACCUGGAGGUCACAGUGCCACCAGAGAUAGAGGACAACAGGUCAUCCACAGACGUGAUGGUCCCUGAGGGCUCCAACGCCCCUAUUGUGUGUCGUGCUAAGGGCUACCCGCCCCCUAAGAUCACCUGGACCAGAGAGGAUCAGAAACCCAUAGUCAUGCGGACCAACGACCCGGCUAUGCCUAAGAUAAAAAAGCUGAGUUACGAAGGGGAGGUACUGAAUCUCACUCAGAUCACCCGCUCAGACAUGGGGCCAUACCUCUGCAUUGCUAACAACAGCGUACCUCCCAUCGUUAGCAAGAGAAUCAUGGUCGAAGUGCAUUUCCGUCCAGUGAUCCAUGUACCCAACCAACUGAUCGGUGUUCCUCUGGGCAGUUCAGCGAAACUGGAGUGCAACCUGGAGGCUUCACCGAAGUCUAUCCAGUACUGGACAAGGGACACAGGAGAAAUGCUCAUCAGCAACAACGAAUACAGUGUACAAGAGUCUCUUACUAACUUCUACAUGACGAGAAUGACUCUUACCAUCUCCAGCUUCAAGCCUCAUCACAAAGGAGUCUACUUCUGCACUGCUAAGAAUUCUCUUGGAGAGACGCAGGGCAAAAUUAAGGUCUAUGAGAUUGAACUACCGACGGAGGAGCCAGCGAUGGUAGAGGAGAAUGAGGACUUCGGCCAGCCUGGUGGGCGCGGCGGGGGCGGCGCGGGGGGCGGCCACUCCCCGGUCGAAUUCAGCAACGAAAUCCCCUACGGCCCUCGGUCUCGCGAGGACACAAGCACGAGACACGAGGACAUCGUCACCAGAGGCCAGGUGACGCAUCCCCGGCCCAAUCACAGAACACCAUCCCAGCCCCCUACGGACAAGAAGAGACACCCCCAUCACGCGAUGGGGGAACAGGGGGAUUCAAGACCGUCACGGCCCCCUUGGUGGGACUGGGACCAAUCCACCACAUCUGAAGUACUGAGGAUCGAUCACUCAGCACUCCUGGUGUUGCUGUGCCUUGUGGGAAAUGUCUUAGUUUAAAAUCCUCACCCCCAUCUACCAUUACCAAACAGAUCAGUAACCAUGUGCCGUAAAGGAAAAAAAGUAUACUCUGUACCAAGUCUACUCCUCGAUAUAUUAUAGAAUACCCUCCAAAAAACUGUUUACCCCACCCGACACUGUAAACCUGGUUAGUUCGUCUCAACUCCUGUACAGUGGAAAUCAACACAAUCACCCUACCUACCAUAUCAUCUGUCUUGCCUUGUACAUAAUACAUCAUAUAUAUAUAUUAGAUCAGAGAUGCGU